AUGGAACCAGCAUAUGCAUUUCCUGAAUGGACUAAAAAUAAAUAUUAUGGUGAAAAUGACACAAAGGCAUUUCAAGAUGAUGGAGUUUGGUUAUUAUCCUGUUCAUUUACUAUAUUUACAAUGACAUCAGGAUUUGGAUUAUUAGAGUCAGGAAGGGUUUCAUCAAAAGAUGAAGUUAAUAUUAUGGUAAAAAAUGUUAUAGAUGUUGUAUUUGGUGGUUUAUCAUAUUGGAGUUUUGGAUUUGGAUUUACAUUUGGUGAUCUAUGGCCAAAUCCUAUUAUAGGAUUAGGAAAAUUUUUUUAUGAUCCUGAAGAUGAUUAUGAACCAUCACAUCAAGCAUGGAGUUAUGCUACAUUCUUUUUUCAAAUGUCAUUUGCAACAACAACAUCAACAAUAGUAUCAGCUUCAAUGGCUGAAAGGAUACGUUUAAGACCAUAUAUUAUUGUAACAUUUUUUAUGACUAUAAUACAUUCUAUAUCAGCACAUUGGGUUUGGUCGGAACAUGGUUUUUUAAAAAAAUUAGGUGUUGUAGAUGCAGCUGGAUGUUCUGUAGUACAUUUAGCUGGAGGCGUUGCUGGUUUAGUAUCAACUAUAUAUUUAAAACCAAGAGUAGGAAGAUUUGGUGAAAAAGGAGGGCAUAGUAUGAGUAAUCCUACAAAUGCAUUAUUAGGUACAUUUAUGUUAUGGUGGGGAUGGUUAGGUUUUAAUACAGGUUCUGCAUAUGGUAUUGCAAAUGGUAGAUGGAGACUUGCAGCACGUUCUGCCAUGGUUACAAUAUUAAGUUCUAUUGGUGGUGGAUGUACAGCUUUAGUUGUAUCAUUACUUACAACAAAAAAAUGUAAAGUUGAUUUACUUAUUGAUGGAUUAUUAGCUUCACUUGUUUCAACUACAGCAAGUUGUUUAUGUGUAAGACCAAUGCAAUCAUUAUUAAUUGGAUCAAUUGGUAGUGGUCUUGCAGUUUUUUCUUAUCCAUUAAUUGAAAAAUUUGAAAUUGACGAUCCUGUUGGCGUUAUUCCAGUUCAUGUUAUAGGAUCAACAUGGGGAAUGCUAUGUGUUGGUAUAUUUGGACAAAAUGAUAAAUAUGUUCCAACAAAUACUAAUGGUCAAUCAGGAUUAUUAUAUAAUGGCGGGAUUAAAUUAUUAGCUAUACAAAGUUUAGCUAUAAUAGUUAUUUUUAUUUGGGCUGGUAGUGCAACAUUAAUAAUUUUAAUUAUACUUGAUCAUACACGUUUAGGUGUUAGAUUAUCUAAAUAUGAAGAACAAUUAGGAGCUGAUUUAGUUGAACAUGGAUUAGCAGGACACAAUAUUGCUAAAUAUAGUGUUGAAAAAAAAUUAAGCGCAAAAAUGGUUACCAUUUUAGUAAGCGUUUUUGUUAGAUGGAAAAGAUUAGUUAAAAAAAGAAGACUUCAAAGAAAUGAAAAUAAACAAAAUGAAUUAUCUAUUGAUAUUUAUAAUGACAAUGAAAAAUAUAAUAAUGGAGCUCUUCCUACAAUGUUAAAUUUAACAAAUACAAUGUCACCUAAUUACGAUAAUAAUAAUUUAGGUAAUUUAUCACAAAAUACCACGUUAAAUGAUAAUGAACAUAGAAUAAAUGAAGAUGGAAAGAUAAAAAAUAAAUAUUCAACGAAUACUUCUGCAUUAAGACAUCGUGAAAAUGUUGAUAUGGAAUCUCAAAAAAAACACAAUGAAUUUUUUAGCAAUAUAAUUACAAAAAAUAGUAACAAUUUAAAUCAAUUAUGCGCAAACAAAGUUUUUCCAGCAAAUACGGUGUAUUUAAAUCCAUCAUCAUCAAAAAGAGAUAUGUUGGAUGAUAAAACAGAAAUAUUUGAAUUAAAAAUUCAUAGUAAAAAAUCAUAA